AUUCUCUUUCGGCAACCUAAACAAAACAAAAAGAAACAAUCAAUCCUUAAAAAAAUAUUUUUAAUUUAUUUUCUGUAAAAUAAAUCAAUUCAUGAAAUUUUGUUGAUGAUCGACAGAUAUUACAAUCCUGGCCGGAAUUUCUUGUUCUUUUCUCCCUUCUAUCAUGGGUAGAAAGAUUCCUUUAGUUUCAUUCCUCUGCGGCGUUUUAUCCCGCAAGAAAACGCCGCCGCCGGACCAGGUCGAUGCGGCAGUCCGACCAGAUCAUGACAAUUCACCUUUCUCCACCACCGGCGGCGGGGACGCCACAACAAUACCUAAUGACGCAGCCGCACAACCGCCGUUCGCCGCCGCCGGCGAAAGCUCAGGGGGGCAAUUGACGGACGCGGCCGAUCAAUCACCUACGACAGCCACCGAUCAGCAGCACCAACCGCUGCCUCCACCACCGGGCAUUCACCACCACCGGUCGAACUCCACCGCCUCCUGCCACCGCCACCACCAGCGGUCGAACUCCGCCGCCUCGAAGCUGAUGUCCAGCAUGAGUAUGAGGGUACUCGGCGGCGGCGGAUGCGGCGGCGGGACUGGGCGGCAGGAGAAGACGCGGAACAAGGACAAGAAAUUCAGCCACGAGGAUUCGAUAUGGAAGAAGACGAUAAUAUUAGGGGAAAAAUGUAGGGUUCCUGAUGAAGACGAAGACAGCAUUUUGUACGAUGAAAAGGGCCGGAAAAUUUCAACCUACCACCCCAAAUCACACAGUGGCACCUUGUCUUAUGCCAGACAAUCUUCUUCUACUGAUCAAGAAGAUUCUUCUCGAAAAUAG